UCUCCCCUCUAGUUGCUUUGACCAAAUGACGACCCUGUUUCAAAAGCAUUAUAAAAGCCUUUACAGACUGCAGAAAUCAGCACUCUGACAUUCUCUGACAAAGGGAAUGUGCUAUUUUCUUUAACAUCAUGAUUCUGCAAUUUAUAUAUGAAAGCUUUGAUCUUAAAAGCUGGAUCAUUUUAGGUUUCGUUUUACUGCUUCUUGUAGAUGUCAUCAAAUACAGGAAUCCUUCCAGUUUCCCUCCGGGACCCUGGCCUUUACCAUUCCUGGGAAAUGUCUUCACUGAGCUAGAUUUUAAGAACAUGAAUAAGUUGGCUAAAGUCUACGGGAACAUAUUCAGCUUAAGAGUGGGCAGUGAGAAAAUAAUAAUUGUUUCUGGAUAUAAACUGGCAAAGGAGGCCCUCAUUACUCAGACUGAUAGUUUUGUUGACCGUCCAAUUGUACCUCUGUUUCACAAAGUUUUUAAGGGAAUUGGUACAAUACUGAGUAAUGGAUACCUGUGGCGGAUGCAUAGGAAGUUUGCAGUCUCCCAUUUGCGGACCUUUGGAGAAGGGAAGAAAAGCCUUGAACUCAAAAUCCAACAGGAAUGUGUCCACCUUUGUAAUGCUUUUAGGGCAGAAAAGGGACCUUUUAACCCCAUGGUCACCUUAAACAGUGCUGUCUCAAAUAUCAUGUCCUGCUUAAUAUUUGGACAACGCUUUGAGUAUCAUGAUGAAUAUUACCAAAGAAUUCUGCGUCUUGACAACGAAUGUGUUCAGUUAGCAGGAUCUCCUAGAGCACAGCUGUAUAAUGUGUGUCCUUGGCUCUUCGAAUACUUACCUGGCCCCCACCAGACUAUUUUUUCCAACUAUAAGCAAAUAACAGACUUCCUGAGAGGAGAGAUCAGUAAACACAGAGUGGAUUGGGACCCUUUAAACCCACGCGACUUAAUAGACAACUACCUGACAGAGAUGGAAAAGAAAAAGAGUGACCCUGAGGCUGGUUUUAACAUUGAAUCAUUAGUAGUGACUUGUCUAGACCUAAUUGAGGCCGGGACAGAAUCCGCAACUACAACAUUGCGCUGGGGUCUGCUUUUUAUGAUGAUGUUUCCAGAAACACAAGAAAAGGUCCAGGAAGAGAUAGACAGGGUGAUUGGACAGUCACGUCAACCCUGUUUGGCUGACAAAGCAAAUAUGCCCUACACUGAGGCUGUUAUUCAUGAGAUGCAAAGAUUUGGGGAUGUUGUUCCACUGGGAUUCCCUAAAAAAUCUGUUAAAGACACAACACUAGGGGAAUACUUCAUUCCUAAGGGCACCUCUAUUACAGUAAACCUGUCAUCAGUCCUGCAUGAUCCAAAGGAAUGGGAGACACCGGACACCUUUAACCCAGGACACUUCCUGAAUGAAAAUGGCCAGUUUCGGAAAAGGGAUGCGUUCAUGCCAUUUUCAGCAGGUAAGCGAGCGUGUUUGGGAGAGCAGCUGGCUCGUCAGGAGCUCUUUUUAUACUUCACCUCCCUGCUGCAGCAGUUCACCAUCUCCAAAUGUCCAGGAGAGGAACUCAGUUUGGAGGGAGAGAUAUGGUUCACGUAUGCUCCUUCUCCCUACCGUAUGUGCGUGUCCUCACAAAUACAAAGGGGACUUGUUAUUUCCUCUACCACCAUGAUCCUGCACUUGAUAUAUGACAGCUUUGAUUUUAAAAGCUGGAUCAUUUUUUUUGUAUUUCUGCUUCUUGCUGAUUUUAUCAAAAAUAGGAAUCCUUCUAACUUCCCUCCAGGACCAUGGCCUCUGCCUUUCCUGGGAACUGUCUUCACUAAGAUGGAUUUUAAAACCAUGAAUAAGUUGGCUGAAGUCUAUGGGAACAUAUUCAGCUUAAGAGUGGGCAGUGAGAAAAUGGUAGUCGUGUCGGGAUAUAAAACAGUAAAGGAGGCCCUCGUUACUCACAAUGACAGUUUUGUUGAGCGUCCAAUUAUCCCUCUGUUUCACAAAGUUUAUAAGGGAAUUGGUUUAACAAUGAGUAAUGGAUACGUGUGGCGGUCACAUAGGAAAUUUGCUGCCAUACAUUUGAGGAUGUUUGGAGAAGGGAAGAAAAGCCUUGAGCACAACAUCCAGCAAGAGUCUGUUUUUCUUUGUGAUGCUUUUAAGGCAGAAAAGGGACCUUUCAACCCUAUGACCAUCAUAAGCGGCGCUGUCUCAAAUACUGCUGCCUGUUUGGCAUUUGGUCAACGCUUCGACUAUCAUGAUGAGUGUUACCAAAGAAUCCUGCGUCUUGACAAUGAAUGUGUUCAAAUAGCAGGAUCUCAUAGAGCACAGCUGUAUAAUUUGUGUCCUUGGCUCUUGGAAUACUUACCUGGCCCCCACCAGACUAUGUUUUCAAACUAUAAGAAGAUCAAAGACUUCCUGAGAGGAGAGAUCAGUAAACACACCGAGGACUGGGACCCUUUAAACCCACGUGACUUUAUUGACAGCUACCUGGAUGAGAUGGAAAAGAAAAAGAGUGACCCCGAGGCUGGUUUUAACAUGGAAGGGUUAGUUAUAUCUUGCCUAGAUGUGAUUGAGGCUGGGACAGAGACCACUGCUACUACGUUACGCUGGGGUCUGCUUUUUAUGAUCAAAUAUCCAGAAAUACAGAAAAAGGUCCAGGAAGAAAUAGACAGGGUGAUUGGACAGUCACGUCAACCCUGUUUGGCUGACAGAGCAAAUAUGCCCUACACUGAGGCUGUUAUCCAUGAGAUACAAAGACUUGGAGAUAUUGUUCCACUGGGAUUCCCUAAAAGAGCUGUUAAAGACACAACAGUAGGAGGAUACUUCAUUCCUAAGGGCACUGCUGUUUCAACAAACUUGUCUUCAGUCCUGCAUGAUCCAAAUGAAUGGGAGACACCAGACACCUUUAACCCAGGACACUUCCUGGAUGAAAAUGGCCAGUUUCGGAAGAGAGAUGCAUUCCUGCCUUUUUCAGCAGGUAAGCGAGUGUGUUUGGGAGAGCAGCUGGCUCGUCAGGUGCUCUUCCUGUUCUUCACCUCCCUGCUGCAGCAGUUCACCAUCUCCAAAUGUCCAGGAGAGGAACCCAGUUUGGAGGGCGAGUUAUGGUUCACAUAUGCUCCUGCUCCCUACCGCAUCUGCGUGUCCUCACGUUAGAACAAAACAAGUCAGUAAAAUUAGACAUAAAGUAUGUUUUC